CGGCGAUGAUCGUUGAAACAGAGGAAGAUGACGAGACGCAGCGAUCAUCUCAAAACGACGGCGUUCCGAAAAAGCAAAAGAAGAAUAAGAACAAGGGAGAUAAAACAAAGAGAGCUCUAAUCGGAGCGGGUGGUCGGAUCCUUUUCUACCCAACUCUUCUGUACAACCUCGUCCGCUUCAAACUCCAGUCUCAGUUUCGAUGGUGGGAUCAAAUCGACGAGUUUCUUCUAAUGGGAGCGGUACCAUUUCGUAAGGACGUUCCGCGACUAAAGAAACUAGGCGUUGGUGGCGUAAUCACUCUUAAUGAACCUUUUGAGACUUUGGUUCCAUCUUCUUUGUACAAUGCUUAUGAAAUGGACCAUCUUGUGAUACCAACACGAGAUUACCUCUUUGCUCCUUCCAUUGAAGACAUAACCCGAGCUGUAAACUUCAUUCACAAGAAUACUUUGCUCGGUAAAACCACUUACGUCCAUUGCAAAGCUGGUCGUGGAAGAAGUACCACCGUUGUUCUCUGCUACCUGAUUGAACACAAGAGUAUGACCGUAGCUGAAGCUUUUGAACAUGUCCGCUCGAUAAGACCGCGGGUGUUACUGCACCCUUCGCAAAGGAAGGUCGUUGAGGAAUAUAAAAGGCUACAGUCUUCAUUGAGCGAACAGCAUUCAUCGUAACUUAAUAGCAUUUCCAGCAUUGAUCAAAAACUAGGGCCAUUGUUCUGCUCCCUUCUGGUUCGGUUAAAAUCUCUGGUUUUGACCAUCUGAUUCGGCUUGGUUCCUGCGAAAUUGUGGCCAGUCUAGUGGUUAAUUUUUCAUGUAACAAUUGUUUAUAGUUAUCACAUAUUUUUCAAUAAAAGGCUAUUGAUAUGUGAUUAAUGAUUAGUGGUUUAAUUAACACGGUCUUUUACCAGAAGGAUGGAAACGUUAACCAGUCUGCACUUUGCUGUGGAAUUGCUUCUGAAUUUUCCUGCAAGUUUACACAUUUAUGACAUUUUUGUAAUGAUCACAUAGCCAUAGUCUAUCC